CUCGCCUAUGUUUUGUGUCAUAGAACUGAAACUUGAAAUCACACUGCUGCCAGGCUGCAUUAGGGCACCUGCCGCGGCAGCUAGCACCUGUGACAGCUGACCCCAAACAGUGUGGCAACUGAGGCAGAUGCCUUUAAACAUUGUGGCCACAAAGGCAGAUGCCUUUACACAUCAGUGGGAGUUUCUGGUGACACCGGAAGUCCCUAUACGAGCUCCCGCUGCCACUAUUGGAGCUUGCCCACUGAAACGAUGAGCGCAGCUAAGAAAAACACUAAGAAAGAUGGCGGGGGAGCUCCCAUCGACAGCGAGGAGGACUUUCAGUAUGAAGAAGUUUCUCUGGAAGACGACUGGAGUCUGACAGAGGGGGAGGAAGAUCUAGAAGCGACGUUGAAAGCCAUUCAAACCCAGGCAGAGGCCAACGCUCGGCCCGUCGCUACUGGCAACACACGCCGACCGGAAGCCGUGGAUGACUUUUUACGCAACUUCCUCCUUCACGCAGGUAUGACACAAACCCUCGAGUGUUUCCAGGCCGAGUGGAAUGAGAUGGAGAAGAAGGGGCUGGUGGACGCAGGGCGGGUCGGCGUGGUGCCCGGCGUCUACACCGACAACCAGCGGCUGGACACGGAGCUGAAACACGCCCGGCGGGAGAGGGACGAGUACAGGCGGGAGGCCACCGCCUUGGCCCAGGCCCUGGUGACGGCCCAGAGAGCCAGGGACCUCCAGCGGCUGCAGCUCACGCGUCUUGUGCAGGAGAAAAACCGGCUGGUGGCGGACAUGAGGAUGCUCAAGGUUCAGUGUGACGGUUACGAGCCCGCGUUGCAGAAGAUGAACGAGAAAUACCAGGCGGUUUUAAAGACUUUUCAGAGAGGGACAAUGGUGAAGUCCGCUCAGCACACGGGGUCAAAGUGACCACACACCCAGUGACAACACGGCCCUGGCCUCCCACACCUCCACCCCCUGUAGCAGUCCCACUGAGGCCCAACCACUGAACACAUCUAUGUUCUAAUAAAUAAUAAAUAAUAAAUAAAUGUUAGAUCUCAUGACUGUCUUCAUGUAUGCUGGUCCCUUAAAGGUCCAGUGGGUAAGAUGUAGGUGAAAGGGAUCUAUUGGCAGUCAUUUAAUAUAAAAUAAUCCUAGUGAUGUUUUCACUAUUGUGUUUUAUCCUAAUUGUAUGAAUAUGCACCUUUAUAUUUAAAUACAUUAUAUUCACAUCCGGA